AUGGGCAUCGGAAUGUACCAAAGUGCACUCUCGGUCUUUCCAAGCAUGGCUGACGAAGAAGAACGCAAGACGAAGAAGGGCCGCGCGACGCCGCCGGACGGGCUCCUCUUCCCGCAUGUGAUCGAGGCGGUUGCCACGUCCCUUGACACGCGUGACGGUUUUGCAGCCUUUCUCGACGCGGUGCCUCGGUCGCUCUGGACGCCGGCGCUCACGGCCUUUGUCGACGUCUGCAGCUUGGCGCCGUCCUACGUCUAUAGCGACUGGCCCCACCUUAUGCUCACCGAGACGGCGGACUUGCCGCACGAGGUUUUGCCAAUGCUGGUAAAGACACUACCACUGCGCUUAUGUAUCGACGUCGAGUGCGAGAUCUACGAAGCGGCGCCGUUGGUCCAGCUUGUCCCGAGCAUCGGUCCCGCGCUGAGCUACAUCAGCCUAGUGUUCAACGACACGAUCAUGGUCGACGGCCAAGGCCAAACGAUCGCGAAUCUCCUCUUGGAGCAGUGCCCGUGCUUGCGCGAGCUGUUGGUCGAUGUCGCGGCGUCACGCAACAACAACCACAACGCGGACGAACGCGUCGAGCUUAGCAAUCUGCUGGCGGCGGUUGCCCACCCGCGCGUCGAGCAGCUGAGCGUCAGUCUCCUGGACGCGCAUGCGACCCCGCGACUCGGGCAUUAUCUGGCGUCGUGGCUAUCCACAGCCCCGACGACGGGUCUGAGCUUGCGCGACGUCGCACACAUGGACGAUGACGCCGCGAUAGCGUUCUGCGAUGCGCUGCAAGCCAACACGACGCUCACCGAGCUGUCGCUUCACCGCGUCGUUAACAUCUUGGGCUUCCGCGGGCGCACGCUCCCGCCGUCCUUGGACCGCUUCGAGUUCGACGCUCGCUUCCACAACCUUGACGUCAACGACGCGACGAUCGAGCACCUCGCGAUUGCCGUGGGCGCCACCAAGCUAGAGCACUUUGGUUGCAGCGUCUUUGGCAGAGUUGCGCAGUGCCCGGCCGCAGCACCCAUGCUAGCGCAACUCCAGUCGCUCGAAGUCCACGGCCUGCGGGCCGACGGCGUCGAGGCGCUCGUCGCUGGCUUGUCGACGGUGCCGGCGCUCAUUUCGCUCGUCCUUGGGAAGAGUGCGAUGGCCUCGGAAGACGCUGCGGUGCAGCUCAUGGACGCGCUCGCGACCUCGUGUACGCAUCUGACUCACCUGAAUUUGAACGAGCACGGUAUGCGCCGUGAUGGUGUUGCGGCGGUGCUAGCGGCCACACCACGCUUGCCGCAGCUGACGAGCCUGGACGUCUCCCCCUCCCACGACCGAAUGAAGCUGCACGAGCUGCUGUGCGUCCUCAUGGAGCUCGUCGCCGCGGGCCGCCACGUCCAGGAGCUCAGUUUUCAGACGAUCAAGUCGCAGAACGGGCGGCGCGCUACGCUGGUCGACAGCAAAGAGGACAAGCGGGCGGUCUUGCGCGCACUCGCCAUGAUUCAAGACGUUCCGUUUGUCGUCGAUCGAUUUCCUGUGGACGUCGAGCCGCAUGUCGUUGAGGCACUUGGAGCGACCGCCGACCGCGCAGAGCGUUGCACAUUGAACUUGUACUUUUAAUUUCUUCAAUUCCAUCGAAAUUCAUUAUUCAUAACACCAAA